UCUCUCUCUCUCUCUCUGUGUGUGUGUGUGUGAGCUGCAGUCAUGGCCGUGGACGGAACAGACCAGCGCGCGCUCCAGUAUGAGCAAACUUUGAUGUAUGGGCGUUACACUCAGGAAUUGGGUGUUUACGCUAAAGAAGAGGCAGCACGACUUCGAGAGGACAGUCGUCACCGACGCUCCAUUUCCAACCGCAGUCCACCACUCAAACUCCUGGAAUAUGAAAAGGGACGAUGCGUCAAUUGUCGAAUCUGUGCAGUGCACUGCCAGCGGUUCCUCAUGUUGCGGGUCGGUGAGGAUUGGAUCUUCCUCAUCUUACUGGGACUUGUCAUGGCUCUGGUUAGCUUUGUCAUGGACUUCUGUAUAGCCCUUUUAUUACAAGCACAGAACUGGAUGUACGGCGGUUUGGACAGUAAUGUUAUUCUGCAGUAUUUGGCGUGGGUCACUUAUCCUGUGGUUCUCAUCAGUUUCUCAGCAGGAUUUACUCACAUAGUAGCACCUCAGGCAGCUGGGUCUGGUAUUCCUGAGAUGAAGACGAUUCUGAGAGGAGUGGUGCUCAAGGAAUAUCUCACAUUAAAAACAUUUGUGGCCAAAGUCGUCGGUCUGACGUGUGCACUGGGCAGUGGAUUACCUCUGGGCAAGGAGGGGCCGUUCGUGCACAUUGCCAGUUUGUGUGCUGCUCUUCUUUGCAAAUUCAUGUCUUUCUUCGGUGGGAUUUAUGAGAAUGAGUCCAGGAACACUGAGAUGCUCGCUGCUGCCUGUGCUGUCGGUGUUGGAUGCUGCUUUGCUGCUCCCAUUGGAGGUGUGUUGUUUAGCAUUGAGGUCACCUCCACGUUUUUUGCCGUACGAAACUACUGGCGAGGAUUCUUUGCUGCUACAUUCAGUGCCUUUAUCUUCAGAGUGCUGGCAGUGUGGAACAGAGAUGAAGAGACGAUCACAGCUCUCUUUAAAACACGCUUCAGGCUGGACUUCCCCUUUGACCUCCAGGAGCUUCCUGCCUUCGCUGUGAUCGGGAUUGCUAGCGGGUUUGGUGGCGCCUUAUUUGUAUAUUUGAACAGACUGAUCGUUCAGUUUAUGAGGAAACAGAAAACCAUCAACAAGUUCCUCAUGAAGAAGCGUCUGUUGUACCCCGCUCUGGUCACUCUACUCGUAUCAACACUCACUUUCCCUCCGGGCUUUGGGCAGUUCAUGGCAGGACAGCUCACACAAAAGGAGACUCUGGUUUCAUUUUUCGACAAUCGCACCUGGGCAAAGCAGGGAAUCUCAGAAGACUUUAAUUAUGACAGUCACUCGACCGCCUGGAAACAUCCACAGGCCAACGUCUUCAUCAUCCUCGUCAUCUUCAUUGUUAUGAAGUUUUGGAUGUCGGCUUUAGCCACAACUCUUCCUGUACCAUGUGGAGCUUUCAUGCCUGUUUUUGUCAUCGGUGCCGCGUUCGGGCGUUUGGUGGGUGAGAGUAUGGCCGCAUGGUUUCCAGAGGGCAUUAAUACAGAUGGCACCAUCUACCCCAUAGUGCCCGGCGGAUAUGCUGUUGUGGGAGCGGCAGCGUUAUCCGGAGCGGUCACACACACCGUGUCGACGGCAGUGAUUGUGUUCGAGUUGACUGGUCAGAUCAGUCACAUUCUACCCAUCAUGAUCGCUGUGAUUCUUGCCAACGCCGUUGCUCAAAGUCUUCAGCCGUCCAUCUACGACUCCAUCAUCCGCAUUAAAAAACUGCCUUACCUGCCCGAACUCGGCUGGGGUAACCAUGAGAAAUAUAAUAUCCGUGUGGAGGACAUCAUGGUCAGAAAUGUUCGUUAUAUCACUCUGAACUCCACAUACAGAGACUUGCAUGAGAUUCUUCUGAUGGGAAACCUCAAAACACUGGCUCUGGUGGAGUCUGCAGAGUCCAUGAUCUUGUUGGGUUCGAUUGAGCGUACUCAGUUACAGGCGCUCUUAACGCAGCAUCUUAGUCUUCAGCGGCGACUAGAUUACCUGCGAGAGCGUAUGGAAGCGGAGAAAAAACGCAUGUCUGUAGUCAGCACACCCAGCAGCGAGGAAGGGGGUCACAGGGUCAACCACGAGGUUCGCUUCCAGAUCUUCACAGAAGAGUCGUCAUUCCCCCCCGCUUGUCCUGUCUCUCCUAAACCUCUGAAACCUGCUCUGAAGAGAUCGUCUGUAGCCGAGAAAAACACAGAGAUUCCUACAAGUCCUCAUGAUUCUGGAAUUGGCUUCAAACAUUUACUCUGCACUCGCCCUCAGACAGACGCAGUGGAGAAUAAUAACGUGGAGCACAUCGUUGCUCCUGCCUUCAGACCGCCCAAACGUGUGAGGAUUUCAGUCGUGGAUGACCCAGAUGCAGAGGACAAUAUGACAGUUCAAGAGAUUGAGGAGUGGGAGGAGCAACAGCUUGAUGAGCAGGUCAACUUCAACAAUUGCAAGAUUGACCCCGCCCCCUUCCAGCUGGUGGAACGCACUUCACUGCACAAGACUCACACCAUCUUUUCUCUGUUGGGUUUGGAUCACGCUUAUGUCACCAGUAUCGGACGACUUAUUGGGGUUGUUUCACUAAGAGAGUUGCGUAAAGCUAUCGAGGGCUCUAUGACGUUGAAGGGGGUGAAAGUGCGCCCGCCGCUGGCCAGUUUCCGUGACAGCGGGACGAGCGGUACCAGCAGCGAAAGCGAAGCCACUGAACUCCACAAACUGUGGGACCGUCACACGAGCCUGACGCUGCCCAGAGAACACCAACCAAACACCUCCGAUUCAGACGAGAAGUCCCAAUGAUGUCAGAGUGUGAAAAGAGGCCGAUCACACAAACUAUUUAUUCCUUUUAUUCAGACACUUUCUGCAGACCUCCAAAAAUCCUCCGCCUCUCUUUUUAUUGGUGGAUUCAUGGAUCUCAGAGCUUCCUGUCUUCACUUUCUAUGCUUAUUCAAUUUCGCUUUGGAAAAUCAGGGACUCUU